CAUGUGAUCUAAAGUUGUUGUAUUUGGAUCUCUCUAUUCAAAGUCUCUGAUCACAACAUUUGUCACUUUAAAAAUAAGAUGUUGUGUUUAAAGCUCCACUUAAAGCUGCUGUAGCCUUUAAUGUCUGACAAAAUUGUUCAUAAUUUAAAGUUUCAGUCCAGGAUAUAAUUUCUUUAGCCACUUAAAUCUGCGACAGUUUUGUAACAUUCCCUAGAUCUCUCCCAUAAGCCCCUUCCUCUCCUCAUAGUAACUCCUUCCAUUUUUACUCUGCUUUUCUAUGCCUCCCUCCCCCACGCUUCUCUCUCUGAUGCUUGUUUGUGAUCAUUCCUCUUUGACUGCUGAUUAACAUAUUUAGAUUUAUGUUUAACUGAAGGGCGGUACAAAUUCAGCCCCUCUACCCUAAGUAUCACCUCUGUCAGCAUGAGAUUUGUUGAGUGAGGACUUGCCACACUACAGCUUAAGGAUCACCCCCGUUUUGACAACCGCGUGGCCAUGACCUUACAGAGAUCAGAGCAAUUUUUUAGACUGUGGUGAAAUUUAACCUCCUCCUGCUUUAACCUCUGUGCCUCCCACAGGCUGCCCUGCGUGAGUGUGUGCGGGUCUGCAUAUGUCCACACAUUUGGGAAACCAGACACAGCUGUUUUCUCACUUUGGAGGCAAAAGGAAGUGUAAGGAUAGAGUGUGUGUGUGUGUGUGUCUGGGUUCACAGGGAGAGAGUGUUCUGACUUUCUGAACUUUGAGUGUUUGUACACAUUCUGACUCUCUGCAUUUGACGGCUCGCCAUGGAAAGCCUGGAGUUCGAAAAGAAGGAAAAGCGGUACUUUAUCCGAGGCAAGCAUGCUGCUAUCAUCUGCGCCGUCAUCAUCGUGACAGGUGUUGCUGUGGGGCUCGGAGUUGGUUUGAGCCAGAAGACCUCCUCAUCCGAAGAGGAACCCAAACCAACACCAUUACCCACAACACCAUUACCUACAAUGCCGCCCGAUGACCAGGGUCCCUGUAAACCAUCCGACAACACAAAUGGUGGCUGGAACAACUUCCGCUUACCUGACUACAUGGUACCUUUCCAUUAUGACCUGCACCUGGAGCCUGACCUCGACACAGACAUCUACACUGGGAGCGUGUCCAUCCAUCUGACCCUGACACAGCCCAGUCAGCACCUGUGGCUCCACAUUAGAGAGACUUUUGUCACCGCGGUGCCCUCUCUGCAGCGCAGCGGCCCAUCCGGCUUGACCUCCGUCCGGGUGAAGGAAUGCUUUGAGUACAAGCCGCAGGAGUAUGUGGUGGUGGAGGCGGCCGAGCAGCUGAGUGUCACUGGCCCAGACGAGCACUACAUCCUCACUCUACACUUCCAGGGCUGGCUCAACGGCUCUCUGGUUGGUUUCUACAGGACCACAUAUCAGGAGAAUGAAGUUACCAAGAAAAUCGCUGCAACAGACCAUGAACCCACUGACGCUCGUAAAUCUUUUCCCUGUUUUGAUGAGCCCAACAAAAAGGCCACCUACACAAUCUCCAUCACCCAUGGCAGUGCUUAUGAAGCACUGUCCAACAUGCCUGUGGAGAACAUAGAAAAAGUGUCGGACCAAAAGACAAAAACAUCCUUUAAAAAAUCAGUAAAGAUGAGUACCUAUCUGGUAUGUUUUGCGGUUCACCAGUUCCACUAUGUAGAGCGGACCUCAAAAAGAAAUAUACCAUUGCGGAUCUAUGCUCAGCCUUUGCAGAUCUCAACCGCUGAAUAUGCUGCAAAUGUCACCAAGAUUAUAUUUGAUUACUUUGAGGAGUAUUUUGACAUGGAAUAUUCUAUAGAGAAACUUGAUAAGAUAGCAAUCCCAGACUUUGGGACAGGAGCGAUGGAGAACUGGGGCUUGAUCACUUACAGAGAAACCAACCUGCUGUUCGAUGAGAACGAGUCCUCCUCAAUCAACAAACAGCGAGUGGCCAGUGUCAUUGCGCAUGAGCUUGUUCACCAGUGGUUUGGAAAUAUUGUGACUAUGGACUGGUGGGACGACCUGUGGUUGAACGAGGGCUUUGCCAGCUUUUUUGAGUAUGUGGGAGUGGAAGAAGCCGAGCCUGACUGGGGAAUGAGGGACAUCAUGCUUAUCAAUGAUGUAUUUCCUGUCAUGGUUGAUGAUGCUCUUCUCUCAUCCCAUCCUAUUAUCGUGGAUGUGUCCAGCCCUGCUGAGAUCACAUCUGUGUUUGAUGCAAUCUCAUAUAACAAGGGCGCUUCUAUUUUACGAAUGCUGGAGGACUUGCUUGGCCGUGACACAUUUAGGGAUGGAUGUCGAGGCUACAAAUGGACCAUUCCUGUGAAAUGGAGCACACUUGACUCCAAAAAUGCUUCUUUCCAGUUUGACAAGGGAGACACAGAGGUAGUAAUUGCUGGAUACUCCCCUGCUACCGAUGGUCUCAUCAAAGUCAACAAAGACCACAUGGGCUUUUACCGAGUAAAUCACCGUGACCAUGUGUGGAGCGCUAUUGCCGAGCAACUCUCUGUAAAUCAUCAGGUGUAUGAUGCAACUGACCGAAGCAGCUACAUUGAUGAUGUAUUUGCAUUUGGACGGGCAGAUAUUGUCGAUUAUGGACAUGCCUUCAACUUAACAAGAUAUCUGGCCAAUGAAACUGAGUAUAUUGUGUGGGAUAGAGUAUCUACUUCUAUCUCCUAUGUGAGCGACAUGUUGGCUGAUGAUACAGCGCUGUACCCCAAAUUCCAGAAACUCUUCAGUGACCAUGUGCAGAAGAUAUCCAAAGAGCUUGGGUGGAAUGAUGAGGGGACACAAACACAGCGGCUGCUGAGAGAGACAGUUUUGGGCAUUGCAUGUCAGAUGGGUGACCAGGAAGCUCUCGACCAAGCCUAUGACAUUUUCAGUAAAUGGAUCGAUGGAACAGUUAGCAGUGUGGCUGUCAAUUUACGGUUGCUGGUGUACCGAUAUGGAAUGAAGAAGUCAGCAUCAGUCCAGAGCUGGGAAAUCAUGUUCCGCAAGUAUGUCUCUGCCACUCUUGCCCAGGAGAAAGACAAGCUGCUCUAUGGCCUGGCUUCAGUAGAAGAUAUCACUCUCCUUCAUAGGUUGCUUGAAGCUGCUAAAAAUGAAAGCAUUGUGAGGAGUCAAGAUGUUUUUACUUUAGUGCAGUAUGUAUCUCGAAACCCACUUGGCAAAACCAUGGCCUGGGACUGGGUCACGCUCAACUGGGAUUACCUAGUUAACAGAUAUACCAUUAAUGACAGAAACUUGGGCCGCCUGCCCUCCAUAAUUACUAGUACAUACAACACUGAUAUGCAGCUGUGGAAGAUGGAGCACUUUUUUGCACUUCAUCCGAAUGCAGGAGCAGGUGAGAUGCCCAGAAAGCAGGCAAUAGAGACUGUGAAGAACAACAUUGAAUGGAUGAAACAGAACCUGGAUGAGAUCCGUGUCUGGCUGGACAACAAUGUGGUGCUGGAGAACUAGUGCUGUAAUGGGCCAGCAUCAGAACAAUUUUUACACCCCCACUAAAUUUGUUUUCACAAGUCAAUGAAUUGCUCAGGGCAGCUUGAAAAAAAUCAUUUUUAGUUAAGAGCCACAAUCAAAAACACUCUCAUUACAAAAUAGUCUUGAAUUCUGUUGGCAUGACAGUUAAAUUAACAAAUAUUCUCUUUGGAACUAGGCAUUACACAUUUUUAGACACUACAUUCUUUAUUGAAUGUGUUGAUUAUACAUUAUAGUAAUUAUUUGUAAAAUGUGUAAAUGUGAAAUAAAUGUCUUAAAGGAUG